CGGUUGCUGUUAGAUUCGCAAAUUAAUUCAGCAGGUUGUUCAAGUUAUUCCUGUUUAUAGGGUGUGAUGUACUUGCUCUGUUAGUUUGUUUUGACGCGGAAAGGCAUGGUUAUUGGGUGUAAAAACCACUGCUGUAUAUAAGGGUUUGUAUGGUGCUACUGUAGGGACACAAACCUUAGGUGCAGUAGCAUCAACAUUGCUAAGUAAGUGAGGCUAGUCAACUUUGGCGCCUUGAUUACGUUACUUCGUGGAUGAGACUGCCUCUAUACUUCUAAGUUCCCAGACGUGACUAUCAGCUGGGACGCUGGGUUUAUCCAUGCUGACAGAUAGCAGUGCCCUCAUGUUCUUGUAACAUAAUAAUAUAAUCUCCCCUGUCAAUAAAUCACCACCAGAUCUGGUGUCAAGUGGUUCCGGAGGUACAGAUAAAGGAUGACCCCUUUACUGACAAAUCCCCUCAAGCCCACAGGAAUUGCUGGGUGCAUUGAAAUAAAUUAAAUGUAACAUUUGAAGCUCUUCUUGUAGGCUAUGCUUGAAUGAAAUAUGACAGUUAACUAGUCUCAUCAAAGCCUUUUUAUAGAACAGUUUCAGUGACAUAUCUGUAAAUGGGAACUAUUUGCAAAUAAAAACAGUAAUUCCCAACAUGUAGCAUCGCUGAUGCCCUAUUCAGAGUAAAGUCAAUACUGAUAAAUAUAACUUAAAAUCAAUAACUGAACUCAAUAAUCAAUUACUUUGCUGCAGCAUCAUCAAAAUAACCAACUAGAGUUGUGUGCCAGCAGCUAGCAGGGGAGAAGAUAGCAGAGAGUGCCUUAGGACAAGUACACACUGAGGAAGAGGAUGACUCCUGAGAUCCAGGUGGUGGUACGUGCUACCCAAGCCUGGUUGCAGUCUUCCUGGCAUGUCCAGGUGCCCUUUGCCUGGUUGGAGGCCUGUGUAGAUUGGCUACAGGAAGAGGCAGGAGGAGCAGGUCAUCUGUCACAGCAGCAAAUCAACCAACAGGCGCUGGACCAGUGGCUGUUGACAGACUUGAGGGACCUGGACUACCCUGUUCUCCCUGAAGGACUCGCUCAAGCCCAGAAGACUGAGCUCAGGGGCACUUUCUGUGUCCAGGUUGACUCAUUACUGGAUAUCAGUCAGCCUGCGUAUGGUCAGCUGCAGAAGUGCCGGGGCACGGAUUGUGCCAAUGACGAGGUGUCUGCUGUCACACAGACCACACAGAGGCCCUGGGAAGCCAGACCAACCCGUAUGCUACUACUGCAGGUGACAGAUGGAGUCCAGAGCUUGGAGGCCAUGGAGUAUCAGCCUAUACCUGCACUGAGCUCAGCUCUUAGGCCUGGUGUGAAGCUGCAGUUGCAGGGGGAGAUGGUUUGCAGACUUGGGAUGCUGCUGUUGGGGCCGACUAACGUCAAGAUCCUGGGUGGUGAGGUGGAAGAUUUGGUGGACAGAAAUAACCAGGGCCGGGUGCUGUGUCGGACGCUGGGACUUCCUGAAGAGCAGCAGCAGCAGCACGAUGAGGAAGAGGCUCCACCAUCACACCAAGGUAACCAGGAGGACCUAAUGGAGGACCUGGAACUAGAUGACCAGGACUUGUUGGCCAGUCUGGAGGCCCAGGAAGAAGUGGAAAGGGCUCCGGUUCGGCCUGUUCGAGACAGCGGCUAUGGGACACUCAGUGAAAUCUCAACUCAGUCCUCGAGAAGCUCCUCUGUCAGGAGCGUCAUCUCAACUGCCUCAUCCAGAAGUGAAAACUCCAUCCGCUCAUACAGCAAUGGUUUGACCCAAAGCAGCAGAGGUGGUUCAGUCCAAGGUCAGCACCAUGAUAACGAACAAGAGGAGUCUGACCUUUUUGACCAAUUAUCGUCUGACCAUGUGAUUCAACAAGAGAGCACAGAUCACAUCAUGGCAGAUGAAGACUUUCCUGAUGAAGAUUUUGAUGAUCUUCCCCUGGAUGAGUUGGACAGUGUGAUUUUUCAGGAGAGCACAAAUGUCACCGCACAGUCUGAUAGUGGUCACAGAAGCACGCCACAGAAUAACAACAGAAUGAUGGGAAACAGUUUGGACAGAACAACAAAACCCCUAACUGGUCAGUUUAAGCAGCCAACUUUGACUGGCUCUGCGUCACGGCUUGGCUCUAGCAGCUCCAGAUUUACCUCGCAACACAGGGACAGUCCAAGCUCUACUAGAGGAGCUUCAGGACAUUUAGCUGUAGCGACUUCCAAACCCAUCUUUCCCUCAGCAGCUUCAGAGCCAACUAAUGAUGAGAAUGAUUUCAUGGAUGAAGAUAUGGACUGCUUUCUUGAAGAGGUGGAAACCUAUGGAGUGCAAACUAGAGAGCCAGAUGUUCAACAAGGACCUAGUAGAGACAGAGAGUGUGCUACCAACCAAACUUCAGGCUCCAGUUUUAAAGUUACCUGCAAAUCAUCAUCAAGAAAUGUAGCAGAUACAUUUUCAGUUAAGGUAGAGCCUGCAUUUGAAAGCUCACACAGCGUACCUCAGGGGCAAAAUCGCACCUCAAGCUCUGCAGAAUGUGAUAGAACAUCUGCAAAAAAUGACCCACAGGGUGACGGCACUCUCACUCUGACCUCUUCACCGUUUACAUACUUGUGUCUGCUAGAUGAGCUGAUCUCUAAACCGCAUCCUCACACCCUGGAGAUCCGUGUCAAAGCUUUCAUCGUGACUCUUUCGGGGAAACUGAGCAGCAGCAACGGUCUUUGGCGGGUCAGUGCUACAAUAUCUGACGGAACUGGUUAUCUGGACGUGGAGCUGUCGGAUGAGGUUUUGACAGGCCUGCUGGGUUUCUCUGUGGCGGAGAAGGGCGCUCUGAAGCGAGACCCCGCCAGGAGAUGUGAACUGGAUGCUGGAAUGAGGAGAUGUCAGGAAGAGCUGGUGGACAUGUGUUGUGUUAUGACUAUUGCGGUUGAACCAGAGGGGAGAAAGGCUGUGGUGACCAAGGCAGACCCUGUCAAUGAGAAAGUACUCCAGGAGCUGGAGCAGAGGGUGAGAGAACGAAAAAAAUAAACACAGAGAAGAGGUUGAGGGGAAGUGGGCUAUAAUGAGAAAAUUGCAGGAACCAGAGAAGUAUAUUGCCCUUAAGCACAGAUGAAAAAUUGCAAAUAGGACAAAUCUGAGGCAAAUAUAACAUUUCGCAUCGGCGGUGCCUUAAGAAUCACUCCCUUCAGUAAUGAAACUAAUGUAUUUUUGAGAUUGGUGAUCAACCUGCCCUUCUGCUUCAGAUUGAGAGAGCACAAUGUGUGAAUUGGGUGUCUGAUGAUCAGCAAGCAGCGUGUUGCAAUGCAUCCCAUCUGCUAUAUGUGAAUGUGACAUUCUGUCAUUUGUCAUGAGAGGAUUUCAUUCACCUAUUCAGAAAGCUAUUUUCUGCUUGAAAUGCACAACAUCAUUCCAAAGCAAAGCAAACAGAUAAAAGGGUGGAGAAGUUUAACUAUGCUUUAUCUUAAUGUUUGGAUUGAGUGGUCAGAAUAUUAGCUCAAAAAAAAUGCAGAGCUGAGCAUCUCAAAUUAUAAGGAACAUUUUAAAACUAUGUGAAGAAGAAGAGUAAGGUGUUUGAGAUGAGAGAAGGGAAUGGAGGGGAAAAAAAAGAAUUCAUAUUCUGAUUGUUGUAAUGAAUUGCCAGCCUUUGCAUUCAUUCUUGUACAUCCAUUACUUCUGACUGAAAAAUGGUUGAAUAUCCAAGGGCAGCGUGGGUCUUUAAUAAACUCCCCCAGAGUAAAAUGAGAGGAAAGGAAGAUAAAGGAGAGGGCAUGAGCUUCGAUUAUUUCUGUUCAUUAUUGUGCUCAUCUAUGUUUUUGUCUUUGAUGAAUACAUAUACCACAAAUUUGAUGGUCUGUCUGUAUUUUCUGUAUAUUGAAAUAAAAUUGUUUUGAAGGUUUUAUAAUUUCUUUUACACACUUUGACUAAUAAAACAUGCUUGAAGUAAGCGCUUGCUACUAAUUUUAGCUUUCCAUUUCUCCUCGUCAAAUGAGUGUCGUAUUCCUCAAGAUUAGAUGAAUAACCGGAGAAACAGACUGACGCUGCAGCAGAGCACUGUGUUUCAUUUGGCUUGUAAUAGUUUUAUUAAAUGCCCCUUUGGGAUAUGCACUGUUUAAGCACACAUAAUAGUAAUUAAAAGAAGCGCUGCAGCAUUGUAGCUCUGCACAGGGAAUCUCUCUUUAAGAUGAAACAUUUCAACAGUUUGUUCUACGCACAUUAAUUUGCGUCUUGUCUGCCAUCAUACAGUAUAAUUAGGUGGUAUUUUGGGUGAUAUGUAUUAAACCAGUCUCACAUA